GGCCGGAAGAGGAGGAGACUGGGCUCUUCUUUUCCUCGUGUCUUCUUGUUAAAUCACGGAAGAGAAGAGAAAUAAUGGAAGUCAAGUAAUGCACCUCAGCGUUGUUUGCCUACCACCACAAAGCCCUAGAGAAGAAGAAGAGAUGCCUUCUCGUAGAGAUUCCAGAACAAAUUCGCCAUGGAGCAACGGAGAGGUGAAAACCUUCCUUUCUUUGGUGGCGGAGGAAAGAAUCCAGCGCGAACUGGAUGGCGCCGUGAGGAACGAGAAAAUAUUUCUAGAGCUCGCAGAAGCCAUGGCCACGCAUGGCUUUAACCGAAGCUCCAAACAGUGUCGCGAAAAACUUAAAAAGUUAAAGAUUGAGUAUAGGGCGGUUGUACUCCACAACGGUCUGAAAGGGGUAGAUAAGCGACGGUGGAAAUGGUUUCCAGAAAUGGACGCCAUUUAUGGUAAAAGGCCCGCGAGCAGCGUCCGUGAGAGUGUCGUGGAUUCUGCGGGUCCAUCUCCAGUUUCCAGUUUCACGUCGGGAAUCGGCCAGUCUCUGAGAGAGUUGAUCAGCGAGCGACUAGCUGCUGCUGCUGCAGACAUAUUCUCAGAGUUUGAAAAAACCAUCGCCCGAUACGAGAAAGAGAUCGAUCGCCAACGCAGACUGCUGGAGAUCAACUCAGCCAGAACAGAACUCCCACUGCAUUGCAUCGAGAAAGAUGAGGAAGUUCUGACUGACCAGCAGCUCUGGAACCAGGAGAGGACCUCCAGUUUGGACCAGGAACAAGCUGAACCUUUACAGGAGAACCCAGAACCUCAGCAGAUUAAAGUGGAGCAGGAUAACCCAGAACAUUUGCCGAUUAUAGAACAAGAGGAGCUUUGCAUCAGUCAGCAUGAAGAGCAGUUUGUAGUGAAGCUGGAGAAUGUUACCUCCUUUUCAACUCCUAUUGAUGAGGAAAGAAACUACGAUGGACCAGAACCAAGCAGUGAGCAACGGGUUUCUUCAGUGUUUCCUGAGGCUGAGGUCAGAGAUGCCUCCCCUGCAGCAUCAACAGGUAUGUGUGUGUGUGUCUGUCUUAACCAGCUCUUACGGCUUCUCACAGUAUUUGUUUCUUAAAUUAAUUCAUCACUAGAGCUGAGGAAAAUAAUCAAAUAAUCGAUGUAUCGGGAUGCGGACAUAAACGAUUCUGCAUCGUAGAACAGUACGCCAUAAUCGAUUACAGUAGAAUGUAGUUUUGUUUUUUUAAUGGCAGUACCAGCGCUGCAUCCAAGUCUGUCAGAGUGAGCGUCCUCCACAUUUACCUCCGCCUUAAUGUGGUACUGCAGGGCUGAGCGCUGGAGUUGUCACCUGAGACCGAACUGGAACUGAAUCAGCCCGACCGGUUCUGUUGGAUUUGGGCCGUGAAUUAUGUUAAUUGAGCGGGUUGUCACGCGG